CCUAGUCUUUGAGAGUGAGGGAUAAUAAAAGGAAAGUAUUUUGUGUGUGUGUGUGUGUGUGUGUGUGUGUGUGUGUGUGUGUGUGUGUGUGUGUGUGUGUGUGUGUGUGUGUGUGUGUGUGUGUGUGUGUGUGUGUGUGUGUGUGUGUGUGUGUGUGUGUGUGUGUGUGUGUGUGUGUGUGUGUGUGUGUGGCCUCUGCCACUGUCUGGGCUACUGGGGGCAGUUAGUUAACUCUCUCUGGGGGGGUGUGCUGCAGCCAGGGCUGUUAGCGUUGAUUGCCUCUCAGACAUUGCUGGCUUACACAAAGCUCGGGGCUCCUGGAAUCAGCUGGAUCUCCCUCGGACAAAACCCAGCCAAGGCCAAGACAGACCAGCCAGAGGCUGAGGAUUUGUUUGAAAUGUCAUACAUUUAAAAAUGGUGUUUCAACACCCUAAGAGCAUGGGGGACUCUGGGCCUGUUUACUCUGGACACCCAUUGUGGACUGAGAAGAUGAAAUUGGUCGUCUUGAUAGAAAUCCAGCAGUGACAGUUUCGAGUUAGUUGACUGGACCUGAAGCAGCCAUCUAGGAAGAAGAGAGGCAACCCAGGUAGGUCUGAGGUGUAACCAUGGGAACAAGGAUGGAGGUGGCACAGCUUGAGAGCAGGAUGAACACAGAGGACUAUAGAAAGCUACAGGAUCUUUUCCUGGACCCCUCCUCUGGAGCAUCUCGCUCCUUGUCCAGAACCGAAUUUAUCCAUCUGGCUUGGUCAUCAGUUGGCCAUGGCUCCAAGGAGGAAUACGGCCUCCUGUUUGACAGCGUGGUUGUCACUCAGGAGCACCGUGGCCUCCUUCUGGACAUCGAAGCUGUGAAGGAAGAAGGACGUGUUGACUGGCCAGGCCUGUGUUCCUUUCUGCUACUGGAGCUUUCUGAUAAAGUAAAGAACACCAGAACCAGUAGUGUGCCUUGCUGGAAGCCACCGCGCACUUUGACCUGUCCACACCGAGACCCAGUUAAAAAGGUGUUGCACCUGCAGAGUUCAGGUCAGUAUCUGACCGUGAGUAAAGGAGGAACUGUGGGGCUGCGGAAUGGAGAGGAUAUGUCCCUUCUGCACACACAUCGACUGCAAAACAGUACGGUCACACCCAAAGACCUCUGGGUCACUGACAUGGUGCUGCUGCACAAUGUACACAAGAUAGCAGUGUCUUUCACAAGUAAGGAGGUGUGUUUUUAUGACAUUCUGUCCAAACAAGACUUCAGCUGCAAGUAUAAACUCCAGGGUUUGAAGUUUACUCCCUGGUGUCUUGACUACUGGGUGGAUCCCUCUCACUCGGAACAGGCCGUCCUCACAAUAGGAGACAUUGGAGGACAGGUCAGUGGCUUAUAUUUUACCUCAGCUCAUAUCUCUCUGUUUGAGAGACUGAGUCUGAGGACGGACUCAGAUUCAGCAGACAUCAUCUUAUGGGAUGAGCUGGUCAAAGGCAAGCAUCGCUCCUGUUACACUGUGACACAUCAAGCACACACGCCAGCCUGGGUAAGAAAAGUACAUUACCUGGGUUCACUGGAAGCCUUUGUAUCAUGCAGCACCAGACCGCAGAGCAGCAUGGUGAUCAGCUGGAGGGAAAAGGAAAGCAGAACUCUACGAGUCACUUCGUUCUUUACAAAGAGGGGUGUGUGGGACUUGGACCACCACCGUGGACUCAAUCUGAUAGCUACAGCAGGUGUGGAUCAUCAGGUCUUGCUGUGGAACCCUUAUGUGACCUCCGAACCAGUUUGUGUCUUCAGUGGUCAUACAAGCCCUGUCACCGCAGUUUGCUUCAUGCAGACCAAGCAACAACUCCUCAGCUUCUCUAAAGAUAAGGUUCUAUGUCUAUGGGAUGUAUCGAGUCAGCUGUGUGUUCACCGUCUGGCCGGUGUCUUCCCAAAGACGCAGGAGGACACAGACACCCUCCUGCUCCUCCAUGAGGAACGUCAGCUCCUCCUGCUUUCCUUCAACAGCCUACUUCUCCUGCUGGAAACCAUGAAGGAGGAGAAGAGGACCAGCAGCCACGAACACCCUGUGACCUGUGUGCUGUAUAAUAGUCUGUUCAGACAGGUAGUCAGCAGCGACUCUGCCUCCUCUGUGAUCUGCUGGCUGGCUGACACAGGCCAAAAGGUCAAGCAGUUCCACCGUUGCCAUGGCAACGCCGAGAUCUCCACCAUGGCCCUGGAUGGCACGCAGACACGUCUGUUUACUGCAGGCACUGACGGAGAGGUCAAAGUGUGGGACUUCAAUGGCCGCUGCCUCCACAGGAUGAACGCUGGCCUGGGUCGGGCUGUGGAGAUCUCACAGGUCCUGUUGCUGAAGAGGAGUAUACUAGCGAUGGGCUGGGAAAGGAUGUUAACAGUUUUCCGUCUGCAUUCCUUCUCGCAGUCUUUUGUUGAGCCAUCAGAAUGGAAGGGAGGUGUUCAACAUCGCAGUGAUGUGCUCUGUGCCACAUUUCAGCCUCCUCAGACUCUGGUCACAGGAAGUUACGAUGGAGAGAUUAUAGUGUGGAACAACAGCACAGAAAAAGCUUUGAGGAAACUGCGGCCACAUGCUGAACACAGAGAAGGCAAGAAGCAGCUAGGUCAUUUCCCCGAUUCUCACCUUGGUGCAAAUGGCAAAGAAGACUCUGAUAACUCCAUUGCCAUCACUAGAUUGUUCUUCAUACCAGGGCGCACACCUGCGGCUGCAGCUACAGGUGGUGCAGACUUAGUGUCUUGUGGAGGAUCAGGUGUGGUCAGAUUCUGGAACACCGUCCACAGCCAUCUGGUAGGACAGUUCACAGCUCACAAUGGAGACCUGGGGUCUAUUGUUAUGACUGUCAGCCCCUGUGGAAAAUAUCUAGUCACAGCUGAUAGGGAGGGAACGCUCAAGGCUUGGGACAUACAGCAUCAUUGUCUUGAGGCAAAUAAUGGAAUAACCAAAGAACCUCCAAAACUACUGCGUAGUUUCCGCCCACACCUUGAACGUGUGACUCACCUGGAGAUGUGUUACCAUGGUGAAAGACUCCUCCUUCUCUCGUCAUCAUCCGACUGCAGUGUGGCUCUCAGCUACCCUCCAGGAGAUACCGUUGGUCUGUUCGGACAGGAGGAGCAGUGGUCCUUGGAGGGACAUGGACCUCUGCACCCACAGCAGGAACAAGAGCAAGACCAGGGAGACCACUGAGCGCAAGAAGACACCAGACAGGGAGGAAAGAGGUCCCCUGAAGCUCCCAGUGGGACACCCCCUGACCCGGCACCCGACACCUCUGGAGAGCGUGGAGAGGUGGGGGUAAAAGAUGAGAGAGAGGACUUUGGAGUGGACAGAAGACAAUCUUUAUCCAGUCACUCACCUAAAAGCGGGCAGGAGCUACCAGGAGAGAAAGGGUUAAUGAGGAAUUGACAACCAACCGGGAUACAAAAUGGCACCCAACCUCGGCCUGACUGACAAUUUUGUGGUCCAUUUGUCUUCAUGCAGUCUUGCAGUUUCUGUUCCUUGCUUCACUGACUUUUUGGUUAUGUAUGCUCAUUUUAGCAACAAAACCACUCAGUCUUUUUUCACGGGCACUUACUGCCAUUUGAUGUAUUUAUUGUCCAAACGGGAUGUGAAGGAUCAAGUGUUUUUGUACUUUAUAUUUUCAGCAUUUUCUUCCUUUUGGAUAUUUUAUGGUACAUAUUGGUAAAUAAGUGUGUAAUACAACACAUAACAAUAUUGAAAAAAGGUUAUUUUUUCCCAUGGAGACUUUAAAAGGAAUUUUGUCUUGAAACAACUCCCUUAUUUGUCUGUGGAAAAACAAUGGACAGCACAGCCUCGGGGACUUCGCUCAAAUGAAGAUAGACAGAAAAGUGAUCCCAGCUCCAUCUGGCAUCUCUGGCUCAUGGUGAUUUGUGUAUCUGACUUUAUACACACACACACACACACACACACACACACCCGCCACACACCCACACAAACAUCAGACUUGACAAGGCCUAUCCAGAGCCCAGCUGGGGUACUCCCUUUCUUAGAUGCCUUUACUCUAUGAAGAUUUGAGCUACUGUUUUGAGUCUUGACCUUAGAGAACAGUGUUGUAAAGAUAAACUGACUUAGAUUUUCUUUGCCACAUAAGUACAGCUUGAGUAACUACAGCUUGUAGAGAAUCAAGAGUUUACAGCCAUGGAGACAUUGUUCAGACGGCUCAUUAUUCUGAUACCCAAAUAGUCCGAAAAAUGUCCAAUUGCAUCGAAAGCCCAUUUGUCUGACAGCCCCCUGCUCCGAAUGCAUGUUUUUUUUUCCAAAAUACACACUCUUCCUGCAGUUUUCCCCUUAAUAUAUUAGCGUAUUUAAAUGUGCAGGAAAGGACAAAGUCAGGUGACCUUCAUCAUCAUGGUAACAAUAAUAAACAAAUGGUUGAUGCUGUGAAUUGGUUGCAGUUUGGUUAAGUUUUAUGCAUCAAAAAUACUUUGCUAGGGUUGAAAUUAGUACAUUUGUUAGUUCACUUAUGUUCUGUACGUAAGUUGGUGAUACCACACUGUGUAUUUUUGAAAACAACGGGCCUUCGGAGGAAUGGCCGUUUGGUUUCGGAAUAAUGAGCCAUUGGCACAAUUACAUUCUCCAAAUAACAAUGCUAACUGAGGCUGAUGGGAGUCUUAUUAGUGUUUGGUCAUAGACUAAGCUAUUAACUAGCUAAAGUCAGUAAAUUUUGACCCAGCUGGUGGCGCUAGAUGAAAUGCCAGGGGAUCACCACAGUCCACAAUACUUGUUGAUAUGUUUUAGUCUGAAACAAAGUGGUAGACAGACUGACAUUGUCGUCAUACAUAGAGUCAAAUGACUGUCUACUGCUGGAAUGAACACAAUCAUAAUAUCCUGUAACAUAAUGAAGAAGACAUUAAUGGCAAUUUCUAAGAAGAUUUCAGUAUAAUUGACUAAUUCAGUCAUUGUUUAGCAGUGAUGGGGCUGUUGCCAUUCCGUCAUGUUGGGACACAGAGGCAGAUCUGUACACCUUAACAUCUUUUCUUUUCUUCAGAACCAGACAAGCAUUCAAUUUAAGCAUUCAGACUCGUGCUAAGACAUCUUUACACACACACAACGGAACAAAAAAAAAAAGCUGUAAAAAUCCCUGAGAAGCUACAGAAGUCUUUAGAAAAAGUCUUUAAAAAGUUCCACCGUAGUCUGCUGUAAUAAGGUACAUUUAGACAUAUGUUUUGCAGUUUCAAUGAAAGAUGUCCUCUUUGAGUUAAGAAGAAAGAUGUCUUCAUCUUAACUCAGCAGUAAGGGUGUAGAGUAAGCUCUGUAGGGGACAUGGUUACAGUUAGUACAUUUAUUAGUCCUUAAUGAUAGUGUCUGUGGGAGACAAUGAAUGAUGUUAAGCAGUUAAUAAAGGUCAAUCAAACAUG